GUAAAGCGUGCCAUCAAGUCAAUUUCGACUCCUGGCGCCCCCAGAGGCCUGUGGUUUACCACUGCCUCCUCCUGCAGGCUUCUUCCUAUAUCGCUGCUGCCUGAUAUAGUACCAGCGAGUCCAACCCGUAACCUUGUGCUUGUUAGUCAAGUCAAGCAUUUCCCCACUGCGCCACUUCAGUAGGUCUUUAUUCAGUAGGACACACAAAAUCACACCUUUGCAUUCCGAGUGCCAGGAGAACUACUGACCCGCUCGGUAAUUAUAAUCCCUACAGCGAGCACAGUAAAUUCUACCCUUCAGCAAUAGGCAUACUUGGAGACGUGACCUGUUGCUUCUCUCACUCACACGACGGGCAAGCAACCUCCGUUUCCUAUCCUGAAUAUGAAAUCACAGGCUGCUAUCCGAAAGGGAUAACUAAUCCUAGUCCUCUGGUGUCAAGCGGGAGGCUUUCUUUCUCUUAACAACUGCUCAGUCGAUUCCCCUAACCACACCAGCCUGCCGCGAGUUACAAUCCUAUGUGCAACGACCACCAGGAAGCAGAUCCCAUUGAAAUCCGCAGGAUUUACUUCUGAAAUCUGCUUAAAAUUGCAUCAGGGCUUGUCCGAAUCCAGUUUGGAAGCUGGAUAUAUAUAAGAGACAGAAGGCAACACAGAAGGAAUGAUAAGGCUGCAAUCCUAGGCGCAUGCUUACUUGGACAGAAACGCUACUGAACUCAAUGGGGUGGCGAUCACGGACUUCCUCGAGGCGUGCGGAGGAGGAGCGGGCUGCAGCGCCGGCAUGGUGUGGCUUCUGCGGCGCCGGGGAUUCCCUGCAGCGACCGUUGGAGGGCGGCAACGGCCAGCGCGCCAGCCUUGGGGUGCCUGCCCGCACCACGAUGCGGCUCUUGAGCCGAUGGCUGGGGCUGUGGGUCGCGCUGGGGCUGGUCGCCCUCAGGGAGGCGCGGCGGCGCGACAAAAAGAAGUUUGUGCCGCUGCCUUAUCCCAAAAUCACCAACAGGACCUUUAUCAAUCAGUGCCUGGACACCCACAACAAGUUCCGCUCCGAAGUCGACCCGCCCGCUUCGAACAUGCUCUACAUGACAUGGGAUCUAGCUUUAGCUAGAACAGCUAGAGCAUGGGCACGAAGAUGCACUUUUCUGCACAACCCAUUUAGAAAGAAAAAAGGAGGUGGCCAUCCUGAUCCUAGAUUUAAUCCCUCUGGAGAAAAUAUAUGGAUUGGAAAUGCCAUCAGACAGCCAUUUGAUCCUAUUAAAGCCAUCCGUGUUUGGCUCUCGGAGAGAAUUUACUAUGAUUACCAGAAAAAAUUAUGUACACACAUAUGUGCUCAUUAUACUCAGAUUGUAUGGGCUACUACUUAUAAGAUUGGCUGUGCUAUUGUUUUCUGCCAUAAACUGGGUCGACACAGAAAUAUUGAAAAAUUUGUGUGCAAUUAUGGACCACGUCGCAACAGACGAUUGAAACCUUAUAGAAAAGGACAGCCAUGCAGUGCAUGCUCAAAAGAAGAUACUUGUCAAAAUAAGCUCUGUAGGAAUCCAGAGCGUGACCAUGAGCACAACGAACAAGAUCCACAGUUUAUACAGGACUGUGUGAAAAGGCACAAUUAUUUUCGGUCCAAGGUAAAUCCUUCAGCUAGCAACAUGCAACGUAUGACCUGGGACCCAGCAUUGGCAAAGACUGCCAAAGCAUGGGCAAAGAGAUGCCACUUUGAUCAUAACAUCUAUCUCAAAACUCCAGGAAAGGUUCACCCUAAGUUCACUCCAGUUGGAGAAAAUAUCUGGACAGGCUCAUUUUCUCUGUUCUCUGUAGAAGCAGCCCUCCGUAACUGGUAUGAUGAAUCCAAUGACUACAACUUUGAGAGCCAUUCGUGUACUAAAGUUUGUGGCCAUUAUACGCAGGUUGUUUGGGCAACAAGUUACAAAGUUGGUUGUGCAGUCCAUUUCUGCCAGAGUGUUUCAAACUUUGUAGGUCUCUCCAAUGGAGCACAUUUUGUGUGCAACUACGGACCAGCUGGGAAUUUUCCAGUGAGGCCUUACGAAAGAGGAAGACCAUGCAGCAGAUGUAAUGGUGAAAAGUGUGCCGAUAAUCUCUGUGAGAAUCCACAGCGCGAUCAGUUGAUAAGCUACUCUGAUUGGUAUCCAGACUGGGAUGUUCCUGAGCAGGACAAAAAGUCCCCAUCAAAGGCUCCUCCCCUUCCCCCGCAACCCAUUCCUCCACACCCUACCGAUUUAAUGCCACCACGGAAGCCACCACAUGCUGCUCCUUCAUACCCCAGUGCUCCUGUUCCUUCACGCUCAGCAUGUGAUUCAUACUGCAUUGUUGUUUUAAUUCUAAGACCAUUGUUUGUAUUGUUGACUUUUGGCACUGUGGCUAUGUUGACUAAGAGAUAUCCUCAACUGUUUAUGUAUGAAAAUCCUUUCCAGCCUGUUAAACCGAUUCUAAGCUUUGAAAAUGUAAAAACCUGUAUGUAAUGUAGUUUUCAGUGUUGCGCGUUAAAUAUUGCUGGUAUGUCAGCCAUGUGACCUAAAAAAUCAGAGAAAGCAAAGAGCAGCAAGCUUGAUUUUAUUUUAUUUUUUUCAAAAUAAAGAAGAUUUAUUUGGGAAGAACAGAAGGUUCCAAGUUCCCUCCCUGGCAUCUCCAAGAUAGGGCUGAGAGAGACUCCUGCCUGCAACCUUGGAGAAGCCGUUGCCAGUCUGUGAAGACAAUAUUGAGCUAGAUAGACCAGUGGUCUGACUCAGUAUAUGGCAGCUUCCUAUGUUCCUAAAUACUGUGGUUGAUAGCCUAACCCAAACGGCUGCUACUGCAACAGUGCUUGGACCAGUGCAAUCUACUUGGAAAUCUAUCUAUAGUUAGUUGGCAUCUGUUUGGGUUAUAGGCGGUCACAUUUUGAAUUCAUGCUUCUGAAUUAAUACUCUUAUUUUAUAAUUUAA